AUGACCCGCAAUCCUCAAGAAAUGACCACCGUUACCCCCUUCGUCGACAAGCAGGAAGAUCAUAAUGACAGAGAGUCGGAUCGCACACGGACACCAUCACCAGUGCCAUUGGACUACACACCACUGGGGACGGCGGGAGGGUGGCUGAACUCGUGUAUCAUUGUAUUGACGGUGACCACGGCUAUGAUCAUCAAUACUGGAAACUCGACCUCAGUAUCGAUAGCUUUGCCUACGAUCGAGAGGGAUCUGGCGCUUGAGCCAGCGGAGCUACAGUGGAUCAUGUCGGCGUACCCAUUGAGUUCAUAUGGUAGGGCUGCCUCUUCCUCGUCUUCGGCAGAAUUGCAGAUUUGGUGUGGGUUCACAACUAAUGUAGUUACGCUCGACGUGUUAAGAGCUUUGCAGGGCUGUGGCGCUGCUGCGACCAUCCCCUCCUCUCUUGGUAUUCUUGCUCAUGCAUUCCCGCCAUCGCGCGCACGUUCACUGGCCUUUGCCACAUUUGCUGCAGGCGCACCCGUUGGCGCCGUCUUUGGCACAGCAGUUGGCGGCGUUUUGACAGAGUUCACCGAACAAACCUGGCGCUCGUCGUUCUUCCUAUUCAGCGGCCUGACGUUCCUCGCGUUUUUCGGAGGGCUGAUUUCAAUAGACCCAGAUGUGCCGUCUGACGAGCCAGAUAAAAGGAUUGAUUGGAUUGGGUCGCUCCUCGUGUCGGGAGGUUUGAUUCUGGUUGUGUUCGUGUUGAGCCAGGGAGAGGUCGCGCCUCAGCAGUGGCGCACACCGUAUAUCAUUGCCCUGCUCGUCAUAGGCGUUCUCCUCAUCGUCAUCUUCCUCUUCUGGCAACGCCACCUUGAGUCUGUGCAAAAUGACCCUAACGCGCCGUAUUCGUGGCUCACACCGCCGCCUCUCAUGAAACUGUCCAUAUGGACCCGCGCAAACGGUCGUUUUGCAGCGAUGAUGGCCAUUGCUUUCACGAACUGGUGUGCGUUUAUGUCGUGGACCUAUUGGGUGCAGAAUUACAAAGGAUAUAGUGCAAUGCAGACUGUUGUACGUUUGCUGCCUAUGUUCGUGUCGGGGAUCGCGUGCAACGUGUUCGUGGGGCUCAUGGCCGCGCACGUCACGGUCGUCUGGCUCGUUGCUAUCGGAGCAGGAGCUACGGCUGCGGCGUGCCUGCUCUUUGCGAUCAUCAACCCGGAAACGACGUACUGGGCGUACGCGUUUAAUGCGUCGUAUCUCUCUGUGAUGGGCGCGGAUUUUGUCUUCUCAGCGGGCACGCUGUUUAUUGCCAAGUUCUCGUUGCCGCAUGAGCAGAGUGUAUCUGGGGCGUUAUUCAAUACCAUGACUCAGCUUGGAACGGCGGUAGGCGUGACAGUGUCGACGGUGGUGUUCAAUAGCGUCAACUCCAGGCUGGACUCAAACGAGGACAAUAUUUCCACUUUCCGUGCGGCGCAGUGGACCGGGCUCGCGUUUGGAAUCAUAGGCAAGUUCACAUUUCACACCUACGUUCAGUUUCAGAAACUAAACAGCACAUCCUGCCUUUCUAUCUGCACAGCUACAACAUUAGGCAUCGUAUUUUUCUACGGCGUGGGCGUGGUGGGACACCGCGGCCCGGCGAGCGACUCGGUAUCACACUCAGAAAAAGGCUCUGUGACACCCUUCACCGCUUCACCGACGGAAUCCGAUACAGAUGGGCGGACGAUGACAGUAUCGUCGAGAGGAAACCUACUCACUGAAGCGGGAUCGUCGGUGCCCAGUCAAUUCUUCGCGUAUGGGGGUGGAGGUAUGUCGAAUUCGGGGUUGACUGCUGCUUCGUCGCCUGAGUUGGGGGCGGAGAGGCGAAAAAAUAAGGGAUCGCCGGAGAUUAUUUCUGGUGGGGAGCGUGCUGGGUAA